GGCGGCUGUAGUUCACACAACUUUCAUCUUCACCUUCACAUGUUCCGCCAGGGUCUGUCGUCGCUGCGACCAAUUGGGGUCAACGCAGCCCGCGUGAAACCCUCAGCCCCCAUCCGCCAUUUUCCCAACUCCGACCUAAUAUCCUGCAAACUCUGAGAAAACAACGCGAAUCUUUGACCAAGCUCAAAUUUCCUCGAUACUCCACCGAAGUGCCCAUAAUCGAGACAGCGAAGCCCGUCUCAUGGCAGCGUGUUGCCCUCAUUGCUGGCGGUGUCGCUGGGAGCGUGGUGGUCCUCGACAGCCUCAUGAACCGUGAGACGCGUGACGGGCUCUCCGCCAGCGAACGGUCCUGCUCAAUUCGACAUUCGCAUACACCGGUGUCGGGCUUGCGAUCACCGCGGCAGCGGCGCGUGCGAUGUUCACCUCGGGCGUCGCGUUCCGAAUCAUGGCCGCGAACCCGUGGGUCGUCUUCGGCGCCAGUCUGGCGGGCGGGAUUGGGUCCAUGAUGGGCGUGUUCUACACGCCUCCAGAGAACACCAUCCCCAAGCAUCUUUUCUGGCUGACCUUCAAUGCGUUCCAAGCCGCCACGCUCUCUCCCCUUUUCUUCCUUAACCCUGCCGUUCUUGCCCGGGCCGGCCUAUACACGGUCGGUCUCGUCGAGGGUCUCUACCUGUACGGUGGAUUGGCCGUCUUUGGUGGAUUUGUGUUGUAUGACACCCAGAAAAUCUUGGCGCAUGCGCGGAUGGCCGAGCAGGGAAGGAUGAAGGCGGAUCCCAUCAACGAGGCUGUUGGUCUCCAGCUCGAUAUGAUCAACAUAUUCAUUCGUCUCGUUCAAAUCCUGUCUAUGAACAACAACCGUCGGUAGGCGGUGCUUUGAGGGGCGGUCGCGCACAAGGAUGAAGCCCUGUGUAUUUUAUCAGACGAAUACGUGUAUUUUUUGCGAAUCCUUGCUCAUUUAUUCGGUCUGUGUUGUGAUGGAGAAAC